UUUUAUUUAAUUAUGUUAGCAAAAAUAUAUGCUAAAAUCACAUUAUUAAACAAUUGCAACUGCAUUAGUUGAUUUAAUUCAUUCAAAGCUUUGUGUCUAUAGUUUCCAGAAAUCUAGAAUUUGUAUCAAUUUUAAUUUUUAUCUUUUUUUUGCUGAUGACGUAGUUUUGGUCAGAAGUAGUUUUCAAUUGUGAUGCAGAACGUUUCUGAUAAAAAAACGAGAUUUUAGAGAACAAAAAUGGAUAUGUUAAUUAAACUUCACGACAUUCCUGAAGGAUCUGUGGAAUACAAUCUAACAGAUUGUCAGAACAUCACGAAAGGUAAAAUAACUAUCACGUGUAAUCAGCCUCAAAAAAGGCCGGCAACCCAUAUAGGUUCAAAUUUGGAAAGAUCGUCGCUUCCCUUCAGUAGCUUGGAAAGUCCUAAGAAACCAACUAUAGGGGAAUUUUCACCAGUGAUAGCGAAUGGUAUGAACAAUUUGGCAGCGCUGUUACCAAGGAUACCAACAGGUAGAACCCAAAAUUUCCCUGUGAGACAAACCAGGCCAAAAACACAUGCUGCGGAGCCGCCAGUAUUGAAAGGAGUUCCAUUCAGACAGCCGGUAGGUAAUCGCUUGCUGCCACCGAGGCCUGCAGUAGCCCCCAGUUGGAAGAACAUGGCUGCUGCGAUCGAUGACGACGACUGUGUGGUUAUCCACGAUCCGCCAAGAGCCACUGAGAUAAAGGACCACAGUAACACGGUAGAAAACAACAGCGGGUUGAAUUACACGGUAGUCACAGCAGUUUCAACAUCCACCGGGGCAACUUCUGGUCCCUUUACAUACACUGCACAGGUCUCUCAUGUGGGAUUUCCUUUCAGUUUGCGAAGUGCCCUCAGUCACAAUGGCGCGUCUGAAAUAAGCCGCCGCAAUUCUCUCCAGGCUGUGAGUGCUCAACAAGUUGAGCCGGACACGUUUCACGGGAGCAUACCAUCACUACCUUUGGACUUCUCGAAGAGGAAAGCAUUCGCAGCUAAUGGAUUGAGUGCAAGAAACAAAGAUGUAAACGUGAACGACCUCAAGAUGUUUGUACGUUCACCGAUGCCACCAAUGAGCGCCAUUAGUAGUCGUGAAUUGUCUCCGUUAGAUCCUUCUCCUCCGGCGCCAAAGCAGCUGCUGCAGUAUCCCCAACGCCAGCAGCAAACGGCUGUGCCAAUACAGCAUCGAUCACAACUGGUCAAAGAGACUGCACCACAGCAGGCACCCCGGCAGGGUGUUAUCGUUGUCGUCGAUUCAGACGAGGAUUCACGACCGAUUUGUUCUAAAACUACUGAGCACAAAGUUUGUCCUAUUUGUAAAGAGAAGCUGACUGAAUCAGCUCUGAUAAGCCACAUGUACGAUGUCCACAAGGUUCAAAAAGAAGUCUACAUGAAGCUCAUGGACAGGAGAAGUUAAUUUGAUAGCGUAGUGAUGAAACACACAUCCCUCAAUCAUUGUUUCAUUUGCCCACUCGUGUUACGUCAGAUGUGAAUUGAAUUUAGUGAGCUCGAUUAUGAAGUGUUUCUAAAUUAAUUCUGACUGCUACUUAGAUCGAGCGAUUUUUCUCUGAACAUAUGUGACGCAAUUCACGUUAAAUUUUUGCUUCCGGUUGUUGGUUUUUCAAGCUCGCUUUCGGUACUUUUUCCAGGAAUCUCACGUUCUUCGACAACAUAAGUUCGGCUUUUUAUAAUACUGUCUUCCCUCGAAACAGAACUGCUAUCGAUUGAGAGACCAAUUUAUAAAGAACGUCAAAUGACACG